AUGGGUGCCACGCUUUCUAGUACAAAGAAUUAUCAGGACUUAUUUCAAACGUUUUCUAAAUGGACUGGAAAGGCACGGUAUAGUGUACUCUAUGACUCUACAUGUCAAGAUAUCUCCCAAUUUUCUUUCUCAAAUAGUGUGAAGAACAAGUCGAACGUGAUGAUCAUUAUCAAAGCGGAAGGAUCAAUUUUCGGGUGUUACACGUCAGAACUUUUGAAGUAUACUGAAGAGGAGAGAACUAUGGAAAUCGUGAACGACAAAAAGCACUUCGUCUUUGUGUUUAAGCCGGAGGACAGAAGAUCGAGC